AGCCCAGCAGUGCCUGUUCAUGGAUGCUCCCGGGCAGCUCCAGGGCUGCGUUGUCCCAUGCACAGCUUUUCAUUAACCGUCCUGGUUAAUUUUAUUAAGUCCUGGCUCUGGCCGUGGAGUGAAGAGCUGGACUGGCAAGGGGCGGUGGAGCAGAAGGGAAUGGGCUUUGUCCCCCCGCCCAGCCCAGGGGCGGUGCGGCCAGGGCUCCCACAGCCCUUGCGCCUCACCCAGCAUUCGAAAGCCAUCCCUCCAGGGGAAAGCUGUCCCCUGGGGGCUCACAGGGUCCCGGUGCCAUGUGGGGCUUGCUGCUCAGUGGGGGCUGGCUGCUGGCCACCAGCUACCUGGUGGGUGCCACGGGCAGCUGCCGGCACCGGUGCUGCCCGGGCAGGAACAAUGCCUGCUGGGCACCGGGAGCCCGCCGGGCUCACUGCUACUGCGACUCGUACUGCGUGAGGACAGGCGACUGCUGCGAGGACUACCAUGCCACCUGCCGCCAUGCCGGUGAGUGCCGGGAGGGGAUGGCCGGUACCCCGUGCCGGGGCAGCCCCAGGGCAGGGGACACCAGCCUGGGCUGCUGCAGCUGGUGGCAGGAGCUUGCUGGUAGCGGUUAGCCCCGUACUUGGAGCAGUAACAGGAUGCAUCUGGCAUGCCGGCUGGGCUGGAUUUGGAGCAAUAUCCUGAUUUUCCACUUUUUUCCACACUGAACGUCUGGUUGCUCCCAGUGCAAUAAGAGAGCCUGCAGGGCAGCCUGUGGGCUGCAGCUGACGGGUAGGUAGCGCUGUCGUUGCAAGCCUCAGCGCCAUCAGCGUGGGAUCCAAGGAAGAGGAGCCUGGGCAUCACCUCUGCCGUGGCUGCGGGCAGGACCUUGCGCGGGGACGUGGGAGCCAGGGGCUGCACUGGGGGUGACAAACAGGGAGCAUGGGCUUGGGGGGGGUGCAGAGCCAGCCUGCCCUGGUGACCCAAGCCCGGGCGGGUGCUGCCUGCGGCCCCCUGGACAAUUGCAGCGGUCAGCCCUCCUUAAUCUCCAGGGAGAUUAGUGGGGUCCCAGCUCAGCGCGAUGCAGAGCCGCGGCAGCGGUGCGGGGAUCAAGGCCUGCGGAAGCGGCACACAAUGCCACCGCGCUGGUGGGGCAGCCCCCGGCCGGGGGUCAGGGGAAAGGGGCUUCCAGGUCACCCUGGCCCUUCUCCUUCCUCCCCUCUCCCUUCAGCUGUGCCACAUCUCCCCUGCUCCCCUCCUUCCAUCUUCCAUGCCACUGAUGCUCUCCUUUCCCUCCAUCCCACCCGCUCGGCCGGCAGCGGUGGGCUGCACGGUGGGGCCCUGGGGGCCCUGGAGCAGGUGCAGCUCCCCGUGCGGGGUUGGCAGCAAGGCCCGCAGCCGCCAGGUCACCGUCCCACCCCAGCACGGAGGGGAGCCCUGUCCAGACCUCAAGCAGCGCCGUGGCUGCCUGGGGGAGCACCCGACCUGUGGGACGGCCAAAGAGGUGGCCAAGAUACUACCUGACUCCUUCAGUCGGGACUUCAGGGAUCCCUGGCGAAGAGCUGGGCGGCUGCUGCUGGAGGAGCCAUCGGGCUACUGUGGCUAUUUUCGCCUGACACAGGUGGGCCCCCUGUGCCACGGGCGGGCCUGGAGCCGCCACCUGCGCCGGGACAAGCAGGUGUGUGUCAAGUGCCGGGGGGGCACGUCCCACCGCCGGCCCCACUGCGUCGGGCAUGGGCUGCAAGGAGCCAGGACGUUUUGGGUGGCCGCCUCGGUGCUGGGGUGCCAGGGCUCGUGGGUGCAGGAGGGGCUGCGGCAGGGCUGUGCCUGCCCCCCGCCGGCUCUCAUCUUUGUGUAGCCCCCCCAGGAAGGCUCGCUGCUCGCCCUUGGAGCUGACUGCACGCAUUUUCCAUUAAGUAUUUUGUUGAAGAAUGGGAAGAAAGCCCUGCUCAUAAAAAUUAAAAAUAAGGGAAUUGUGAAAGUGUGGUGAUUAAUGGUGGAAGAAUGUCAGGCUGAGGUUCAGCCUGGGUAAGAAGAUGAUGCGGCAGGUACAUGGGAGGACAACACGAUGAUGUCAUGGUCAGUCAUGACAUCCUGCCAUGCAAUGAGCGGCCAUUGGCGAGCAACAUGAGGAUGGAGAUGGCAUCUCUGUGUGUUUGGGCUGGCCCAGCUGCAGUGCAGUGUCGGUGAGCCAGGAAGGGCGGCUCAGCUUCGUGCUGGGGGUUGCAGAGGGAAAUUAAACAGAGGCACCCGCA